AUGGCUGCCGACGGGCCGGCUCCCUAUAUCCCACUCCUCGGAAGUGCUGAUCGUGCGAAGUCCACUCGCGCAGCCUCCCUAGCCCUCGGUGGCAUCGCACUCGGCGCGCUGCUUCUCUUCGCCGCCGGUUCAGAGCUGCUUCCAUUCCCGGCCCAGCUGCUCCAGCUCCCGCUAAAGAGCUUUGAAGCAAGCGCAACCGUUGCUGCUCGCCCUCCCGACGCCGUAACCUCGCUGCCGGGCGCUCCGCCGCUGGACACCGUGCAGUACGCUGGCCUCGUCACGGUCAACAGCACCGCGCGCAACAAGCUCUUCUACUGGUUUGCCGAGUCAAGCCGCGUGAAGGACGACCUGGAGGAAAAGAGCAAGGUGCCAAUCGUAAUAUGGCUCAACGGCGGGCCGGGCGCCUCCUCCAUGACGGGUUGGCUGAUUGAGAAGAUCGGGCCGUUUGAGCUGCAAUCGGACGCCGCCACGCUUACUCCGACCGGCCUACCCUGGCACGAGCUCGCGCACGUCAUGAUGUGGGAUCAGCCUGUGGGGGCCGGCUACGCGACCACCGCGACCGGGACGUACGCCGCGAGCAUGGAGGAGGCAGCAGCCGACCUGCUCAAGGGCAUGACAGAGUUCUACAAGAUCCACCCAGAGUAUAAGGAUUCCGACGUGUACGUCACGGGCGAGUCCUUUGCUGGCAAGUGGAUCCCGCACUUUUGCUACCACGUCUAUGAGACAAACAAGGCGUUGGUGGCGAAAGGCGAACCGGUGGCGAUGCCGCUCGUCGGCAUGGCCAUCGGCAACGGCGUGCUAUACCCUUACCUGCAGACCGAGGCGAUGGUGACGAUGGCCACUGGGCUCGGGUACACGGAUCCGGAGAAGCUGCGAGUGGCGCGCAAGAACCUCAAGGCGUGCAAGCAGGCGCGUGCUCUCGAGGACAGGGAGCUCGAGGCCAUUGACGAGAUGAAGGAGCGGCCUGUGCCAUCUCAUGAUCUGUGGAAGAGCGCCUACUUCAAGUGCGACGCGCUCGAGAAGGUCUUUGGCGAGGCAGUCAAGUUCAUCUACGACAUCCGAUCGCCGGCUGACGAAUUCUCUGCCCUCAGCGAGUACCUCAACAAGGAGGAGGUUCGCAAGGCACUCAACGUCGGCGAGACCAAAUGGGUGCAGCAGGAUGGCGGCAAGCCGGGCAACCCCGUGAGCGACGCCCUGUGGGAGCCGCAGAUCUCGGACCUGCCGGACGAGAUGCUAGCGACGCUGUUCAAUGAGUACAAGGUGUUGAUGUACGCGGGCCAGUACGACGGCAGCAGCUGCAACGCGCUCGGUGUCGCCCAGUCCGUGGACGUGGUCGCAAACGAGGGCAAGUGGGCGGACGCGAGCAAGUAUGCGAACACCACGGCGUGCACUUGGACCGUCAAUGGCAUCCCCUCGGGCGUGCUGCGUGCGACCGGCAAGUUUGGGAACCUCGUCUUUCUCAACUCAGGCCACCUCGUUCCCAUGAACCAGCCCGCCGCGGGCUACGAGAUGAUUCGCCAGCUGGUCUACUCGGACACGUUCACCGACAUGGCCUCCUGA